AUAUCCGUUUUCCCAUGUAAAAUGCGAGCGAAUUUUGAGAAUCCUGUCUCAUAUAUAUCUAGACACUUCUGGUUUGGGUAAGUUGAUGUCUUAAACCCGUAAACGAGAGAGGGAAAUCAUCUGCGGCGUUUCCCGCUAUUUCCCAUACGUUUCGGUUUCGGUAACUUCCACACUGGCACGUGCGGAAGCGGUCGAUAAAGCACUCGCGAAAAACGACGAUAAUCGUUCAUUGAAAUUCCCAAAACAAAGUUAAAAGGUCACGGCCUAAACUCAACGACGAUUAAUUAUUAAUUAGAUACGCCCACCGAUACAAACAAAAGUGUUCCCUCGAUUUAAAUUGCGAAAUCGAACCGAAACUGAUUAGAAUGAAACGUUUGCGGCCAGGUACGACGUCCGAAUGCGAAAGUGGGAGUGGUGGACGAAGGGAUUUCCCUGAACCAGCUGGAUCCUACUCUUCGAGCGCGCUUUCGUAAUUCCCUGCCUGAAUUCGAAUUCGGACCGAGACAGUGAUCGAACGGGUUUCGCGUCUGUUGUCGAGAGUGAUAUGAAUUUUUUAAAUAGACAUUACCUCCUGCAGAUAUCGACGUACCUAAUUCUAUUCGCUCUGGUGCGCUACGCCAAAUGCCAGCUCCAGAGUCCGUGUCCGAACGUUUUCGAGUAUCGUUACGGCCCCAACAGGAAUCUGUACGGAUACAUCGACGUGCCGGUUCCAAGUGACGAUAGUAACGUUAUACGUUUGGAUGUGCAAUUAUCUGUUGGGAAUCGAGUUGAGGGAGGCAACGGCCUCAUCAAGCUAGCUGAAGAUGAAGUGAACGUCAUUCAGAAUGUGAUACAGAAACGGCGAAUGCAGUACAUCCUUCAUUUUCCCGCGUGGUCUAACGUUCCGCCGAGAGUGACAAGGAUACAGGUCAAUGGAAGGGUGGUCUGUAUCGGGGAUCCAAUAUCGAGGUUCCAGGUGUCAGUUUUAACGACGAUAAAUCUGGUACACACGCUAACGCUGAGCGUCCCGCUGACCGGUAGCAGCGGAGCAGGAAUUCCGAUUUGGCGGCCCGACAACGGCGACCGAGACAUCCCACUACUACCCACCCGCCGUCCGCCGCUUAUUCAGCCGGAAGUAAAUCGGCCGUUUGAUCGUGACGACUUUUGGAACGACGUCCCUCAAAUUCCACCGCCUCGACGUCCACCAACAACUCGCCGUCCUCCACCGAUUCGACCUGCUCCACCAACUCGUAACGAGGAGAGCCCGAGACCGUCUUGGGAGGUCUAUCCUGAAGUUGAAUCCAUAACACCACGACGACCGCCCGCGUCUUCGCAAACGAUCACGUGCGGGGUGCCGUCGAUAACCAACUCGUUGAUCGUGAACGGGCGGAACUACACGAACGGCGCCCAUCCGUGGCUCGGCGCGCUGUUCGUGCAGAACAACGACGGGCUCAAGUUUAUCUGCGGUUCCACAUUGAUCUCUAAAAGACACGUGCUCACUGCCGCCCACUGCAUUCGAACGCGAAGGAAACGGUACCGUCCCGACGAGCUCUGGGUGGUGCUGGGACGGGAGAACAUCAGAAGGUGGUCGAAUGACGGCGCCCAGAUCAUUCAGACCGAAUCUCUGCACAUUCACCCGGACUUCAGGUUUACGACGGCCGACGGAGAUAUCUCCCUGAUCGCGCUCGCGGAGGAGGCGGUCUUCUCGACGUUCGUCAGGCCGGCCUGUCUUUGGAGCGGUAGCGCCGAUCCGCGAUUGCUCAUCGCGAGUACGGGCGUCGUGGUGGGCUGGGGCAAGGACGAACACGGCCAGUUGGUCACGUCUUCUCCGCGACAAGUGAUAUUUCCCGUCGUCAGUGAGGAGGACUGUUUGCGAUCCAAUAACGCGUUUCGAGAGAUCACUUCCAACAGAACAUUUUGCGCAGGCUUCCGUAAUAACUCGGGCCCGUGCAACGGAGACAGCGGCGGCGGUUUCCUAAUGCUCGUAGAGGGUCAGUGGACGUUGCGCGGCAUCGUCUCGAUGUCGCUGAUCACGCCCGACGGCAACUGCGACCUGCGACAGUACGUCGUCUUCACCGACAUCGCCAGAUACCUGCCAUGGUUGUUACCUCUAAUGUAAUUAAAUUAUUUUCUAGUUGUAAAUUCUUGUAGACAAUUAAGAUCAUGUGAAUAUAAACAUUAAUUUAUGCA